CCAUUCAAGCCGUCUCCAGCCAUUAUUAGUCUCAAAGUGGGUUUCUCGUCAUCGAAACUGUAUUGUAAGUCACGGAAAGUUAAAGCAAUGUGAUACCCGACAUCAUGUGAUUCGUGUUAUCUUAGUAUAGGCGGGGCUAAAAGAGAAAGUUCCAAGAGUUUCGUCACACUAAUCUUAAAGUUACAAACGGUAACAUUAACCUAGAAUAUAUAUAUUCUAGAGAAGGAAAAUGGCUUACACUGUUCAGAAGAUGCCAGCAUACCAGGAUGUAGAUGGCUUCAGAUUGACUGCCAUGUUCUCCCCCGAUAUAUUUCGAGCAGCUUUGCAGUAUCAACCUAGAGCAGACGACCUUUUCAUCGUUACAUAUCCCAAGUGUGGAACUACCUGGAUGCAGAACAUCGUUCUUCUUAUUUUGAACAAAGGAAUCCCUUUGACAGAUUUUCUCCAAUUUCAAAAAGCAACUCCUUUCUUAGAAAUGACAGGUCCCGAUUCUGCAAAACACAUGAAACGUCCAGGAGCCAUAAAAACCCACCUACCGUUUCGCCUUCAGCCUUACUCUCCAGAGGCCAAGUAUAUUUAUGUUGUUCGAAACCCCAAAGACUGCUGCGUUUCGUUUUAUUAUCAUACAAAAAAUUCUCCUGGUUACCACUUUCAGGAUGGAACUUUCGACGACUUUUUUGAGAUUUUUAUCCGGGGUGAGACAGACUACGGGGAUUACUUUGACCACUUGUUAUCUUGGUAUGAACAUCGAAAUGAUCCUAAUGUUUUGUUUAUUACUUUUGAAGAAAUGAAAAUGGACAUGCGAACUGCGGUGUUGAAGAUAGCCAAGUUUCUUGGCAUUGAAUACGCAGAAAACUUAGAAAAUGACGACGACUUGUUGAAAAGAGUUCUAGUCUACAGCAGUUUUGACUAUAUGAGAAAAUCUCAUGAACAAAGUGUGAACGAGUUUUUUCACAAAGGUCUUGAUUCUAUAACAAAUGACCCAAACGUCCCAGAAGGACUAAAACACGUUAUUAAAAGCCUAAAGAACUCCGAGCAAUCAUCUGGGAAUAUCCCAAAUAUAAUAAGAAAGGGAAUAAUUGGAGACUGGAAGAAUCAUUUCACGGAGGAACAAUCACAACGAAUGGAUGACAUCUUUUUUGAAAAAACAAAAGGAACUGAGGUUCGAAAACUCUGGGAAGGCUUAGAAAAUGAAAUAUAGAUACUAAUCAUUUUAGAUGAAGUAAUUCAAUGGUGAUUGAUUAAAACUGGUUAGAUGAUAAAAUUUUAAAGAUGUCUGCUUACAUUGAAAUAUCUAAAUGUAUGAAAAUAACAACCUUUAUGUAAUAGGUAGCAAUACGUGUUAUGACAAUAAAGAGUAUCACAUA